CAUUCGAUCCGUGGCUCCUUCCGAAGCUGGGGCAGCGGGAGGCGCCGGGUCUUCUGCUCCCGGCGCUAGCGGGUAGUAGCAUCCCGGCUGGGGGCGGCUCCUCUGCGCGGGAGGAGGCGGUGCGCCGGGCGCUGGAGACGCGCCUUCCAGGCUCCGGCAGCGCCCCGGGGCCGGUGGCCGCGGCUGGGCGUUCGAGUGCGCCACUGUCGCUCCUGAGCCGGCAUAGCUCCAGCGCCGGGAUCACAGUCCCUCGUGCGACCCUGCGGAUUCCGCACAGAGCCCAGUGCCCCGUUGUGUCCCGCACGGAGCAAGCGCGCCCGCCGGACACCGAGCCCGGGGACCCGGCCGGAGCUGUGCUUGCGGGAGCCGGAGCCCAGCGGGGCUCCAGAGCGGCGAGCGCACUCGGCAGUCGCUGCCGCCGCUCCCCAGAUCUCGCCGUCCGCCACCCCUCCUCCCGGCCCAGAUCUGGCGCGGAGGGGCUGACGGCUAACCCGCUGCGAGCAACUCCCUUAGAAAAAAGCCGCCGCAUUGGCCGAGGCUGGCCGCAGGACCCCUCCUCCCGGGGCGCCCCCACUCCUCCCCCGCCGCUCCGGGCGCCCGCCUCCCUCAGCCGACUGUCUCCCGGCACGCCGGCCCACAGCCCUUUUGACUGCGAGCAGCGGCCGCCGAGCAGAGGCGGCGACGCGGGACCUGCAGUCGCCCGGGAUUCCCUCCAGGUGACGAUGCUCUGGUUCUCCGGCGUCAGGGCUCUGGCUGAGCGUCCUUGCCGACGCUCGCCUGGGAUUACCUGCUGCGUCUUGCUGCUGCUCAAUUGCUCCGGGGUCCCCAUGUCUCUGGCUUCCUCCUUCCUGACAGGGUCUGUUGCAAAAUGUGAAAAUGAAGGGGAGGUCCUCCAAAUUCCAUUUAUCACAGACAACCCUUGCAUAAUGUGUGUGUGCUCGAACAAAGAGGUGACUUGUAAGAGGGAGAAGUGCCCUGUGCUGUCCCGGGACUGUGCACUGGCCAUUAAGCAGAGGGGCGCCUGCUGUGAGCGAUGCAAAGGUUGUACUCAUGAGGGAAGAACCUACAACAGCUCCUUCAAGUGGCAAAGCCCAGCUGAGCCUUGUGCCCUUAGACAGUGCCAGGAGGGCGUGGUCACAGAGUCUGAGGUGCGUUGUGUUGUUCAUUGUAAAAACCCCACAGAGCAUCCAGGAGCCUGCUGCCCUACCUGUCCAGGCUGUGUGUUUGAAGGUGUGCAGUACCGGGAAGGAGAAGAAUUUCAGCCAGAAGGAAACAAAUGUAUCAAGUGCUCCUGUGUUGGAGGCAGGACACAGUGCGUGAGAGAAGUCUGUCCCAUUCUCUCUUGUCCCCAGCACCUUAGUCACACACCCUCAGGACAGUGCUGCCCUAAAUGUUUGGGCCAGAGAAAAGUAUUUGACCUUCCUUUUGGGAGCUGCCUGUUUCGCAGUGAUGUUUAUGACAAUGGAGCCUCAUUUGUCUAUGAUAACUGCACAGUAUGCACUUGCAAGGACUCUACAAUGGUUUGUAAGAAGAAGUGUUCCCACCCGGGUGUCUGUAAUACUGAUGAGGAUGCCUGUUGUGAAGAGUGUCUCCUCCGGGUGCCCCCUGAAGAUGUCAAAGUAUGCAAGUUCGGUAGCAAGAUUUUCAGGGAUGGAGAGAUGUGGUCCUCGGUCAACUGCAGCAUCUGCGCUUGCGUGAAGGGGAAGACAGAGUGUCGGAAGAAGCAGUGUGUUCCUGUUAGCAGCUGCCCACAGGGUAAAAUUCUCAACAGAAAAGGAUGCUGCCCUAUUUGUACCGAAAAGCCUGGUGUGUGCACAGUAUUCGGAGAUCCUCACUACAACACUUUUGACGGACGAACAUUUAACUUCCAGGGAACGUGUCAGUAUGUUCUGACAAAAGACUGCUCCUCCCCUGCCUCACCCUUUCAGGUGCUGGUGAAGAAUGAUGCCCGGAGGACCCGCUCCUUCUCCUGGACCAAAUCUGUGGAGUUGGUGCUGGGUGAGAGCACGGUCAGCCUGCAGCAGCACCUCACGGUGCGCUGGAAUGGCUCUCGCAUUGCGCUGCCCUGCCACACGCCCCACUUCCACAUUGACCUGGACGGCUACCUUUUGAAAGUGACUACCAGGGCAGGUUUGGAGAUAUCGUGGGAUGGAGACAGUUUUGUGGAGGUCAUGGCUGCCCCUCAUCUCAAGGGCAAGCUCUGUGGUCUUUGUGGCAACUACAAUGGUCAUAAACGCGAUGACUUGAUUGGUGGAGAUGGAAACUUCAAGUUUGACGUGGAUGACUUUGCUGAAUCAUGGAGGGUGGAAUCCAAUGAAUUCUGCAACAGACCACAGAGAAAACCAGUGCCUGAGCUAUGUCAGGGCACAGUGAAGGUGAAGCUUCGAGCCCAUCGAGAGUGCCAGAAACUCAAGUCCUGGGAGUUCCAGACCUGCCACUCAACAGUGGACUACACCACUUUCUACCGGUCCUGUGUAACAGACAUGUGCGAAUGUCCGGUCCAUAAAAACUGUUAUUGUGAGUCAUUUCUGGCGUACACCCGUGCCUGCCAGAGAGAGGGCAUCAAAGUGCACUGGGAACCUCAGCAGAGCUGUGCAGCUACCCAGUGCAAGCAUGGCGCUGUGUAUGAUACCUGCGGCCCAGGAUGUGUGAAGACGUGUGACAACUGGAAUGAGAUCGGCCCCUGUAAUAAACCGUGCAUCGCAGGGUGCCACUGCCCAGCAAAUCUGGUCCUUCAUAAGGGAAGGUGCAUCAAGCCAGUCCUCUGUCCUCAGCGAUGACCUUUGUUCUAGUCCAUAAGACUUUGAAAUCCAGUGUCUUUGACACAGACACGGAAGAGCCAAUGAAGGACUGUAGUAUUUGUGUGCCUGAUUCUGCAAAUACACAGAGUAUAUACGUGUACAUAUAUAUAGAUAUAUAGAUAUAUUCAAAACAUUUCAUCAUUUAUAUAAACUAUAGGUGGAUUAUUAUAUGUAUAUUUUUUGCUAUAAGACAUGUAUUAUUUCUAGAAUCCUAAUGUGUAAGCCAUUGGAUGCAUUGUAUGAAUACACAGGUGCUUUUAAUUUAAUGAGACGGCAUGUAGACUCAUCAUCGGGUACCUUUAACAAGUGCAUUCAUGUGUCAUUCUGGGGACAUUUCCUAGGAGCCCUCAUGCCUGCCUGCACUAAUUUAAGAUUUGCGUCAGGACCUUUGAGUGAGAUUGUCUCGGAGGAGGGUACUUUAUCUAGGGGUAUUUCAUAUUUCCAAAGACUGGAAUGUAUGCCAGAAAAAGAUGGCAUGGGAUUGGGGAUGGGCCCUAGUUAGUGCAAACCGAGGGGAGUCCAUCAGACUUCCCUGGGUCAGAGCUGGAUAUGGCUUCCAAAACUGGAUAGUUGCCAAGGAAUGUGUAUUUUUCCCUAGCAUACUGCCAAAUUAUUUCUUUUCAUUUUCACAUAUCUCCUGAGUCUCCUCAUUAUUUGUGUGUGCGAUGGAUAUGACCAUUUGUACGUCAUCCACUGAAGUCAAAGGAUGUCUGGAUGACAUUUUUAUUAAACACGAAAAUCUAUUUGGAGGAAACGUUGCACAACAUGUAAAGAAUCUCGGAGCAAUUUAGGAUUGGCAAAUCCAUUGAGUGGCUAGGGGCCAUCUCUGUUUUGUCACUAUCUCAUGAUGUAUAAAAUGAAAGCCUUCGGCAAUUCUGUAUCUUUCCUGUCUGGUGUUGUUUGGUGGGUAUUCACAUGUUGUGGGUAUUGGGCAAGAGAGAAGGGUCUGCUGACCAGUUGUUUUAGCCUUAUUCCAAACGAGAUUUGUUUUUGUACUUGUUCUAAUUCACUGAUGUUACUAACAGUUAUUGGUUCUUGUAUUCUGUUGGAUACAUUAAAAAAAAAAAAGUCAAAAAGCGAAAACAGAAAGCCCCACCCACAACUCACUGAAAUUGAAAAGUAAAAUGUUCUGCAUUGUAGUAAAUAAAGGGCUUAAGAUUUAAGCAAACACGGUUUUUAA